UAAAGUGAAAAGUAUACAUUGAUUUAAUAUCUAUUCAAAUUGUAUAAAUAACUUCUUUUUUAAAUUUAUUGACUGCCGCCCUUGGAUACAACUUUCUCAUAAUUUCUUCUCACCGUCCUAGUAAUCUCUCUCAUAUGGUAUUUGUUAUCAAUUCACUCAAGGAUAAAGGGAAGAAGAAAGACCAAGAAAAGUCAGGUAACUCAGUUUGUGAUCUGGUGAAAGCAAAAAGUGGUCAUCCUCACACUCUCUUUACUUGGCUAUUAUUGGUAUGUGAAUCUUUUACUCAAAUCAAGAUUUCAAUAGGACUAAACUUCCUACUAAUGAUUGAGGGAUAUGAUAAUCCUGGUGAUAAUUACGCAAAUUUUGAUUACAUCUCUGUUGGUCCCAUUUUAGUCAGCCCAAGUUUCUUUUAUUAUCUCUAAAUUAAAACCUACCUCCUUAAUUUUUAUUAAUUCUGGACGUAAAAGAAAUGAAACCUACCUUAUUUGAGAGAAUUGUAUCUAAUUUUGUGAUCAAUUCUCAUGUUUUAGACUUCUUUACCCCCUCCUUUUUACCCGAAGCCCCACUUCACAUAGUUGAAGGGCUAUGUUUAAGCUCACAGGAAGAAACUUGAACCGAGAGAUACUAAAAAACCUUUCAGAGACUUGCAUUAGACACCGUUCUCACUUGCCCUGGGCACAAUUUUUACUAAUUUUUUAUUAGUUUCUUGAUUUUUCAUUCAUCUAAUAUUUUCUCAAAUAAAAUUACUGCCAAUAGGCAUUAGAUGCAAGAUGAGUAAUUGUUGUUGGUUCAUUAUUUAUUUAUUUUGAGUCCAUUAUUUAUUUAUUGUUAUUACACCAACAAUGGUUGCCUUUGAUUUCUUUCAAUGUUUACUUAUCUAAAUUUUUAAGUGUUAUUGAUGCCCCCAGAGAUGUCUACACCGGCCUUCUCCAGCCCUCCACCAGCAGACGGUGGUGGGGCAUCUGUUGCAGGCAUAAUAGUCGGUCUGGUAGUACUUGUAAUCAUCGGCAUUAUCUCUUUGACUUGCGCAAAGAUGACAACAAGAGCAAUUGUUUCAGAUCUACAAGCAAGAGUUGCUCCUCCACCACCACCGACCUUGAAUGUGGUUCGAGUUUGGGAAAUCGAUGUGCCAACAAUGGAGAGGUUCCUCCAAGAAUUGGCGAAGGACAGACCGGUUAGAUUCACAGCCCAGCAACUAUGUAGUUUCACAACCAAUUACUCCACAAGGUUGGGUUCUGGAGGUUUUGGGAUUGUUUACAAAGGCCAAUUUCCAAAUGGUGUUCAAAUCGCAGUCAAGGUCCUCAAUAGGAGCUUAGAUAGAGGAGCUGAGCAACAAUUCAUGGCAGAGGUGAGUACUAUUGGAAGAACAUACCAUAUAAAUCUAGUUAGGUUAUAUGGAUUUUGCUACGAUCACAUAAUGAGUGCGUUAGUGUACGAGUACAUGGAAAAUGGAUCACUAGAUAAACACCUUUUUAGCGAUACACAAGCAAUUGAGUGGGUAAAGCUCCAUGAAAUAGCGAUUGGGACGGCAAAAGGUAUCACUUACCUACACGAAGAGUGUGAACAGAGGAUCAUUCACUAUGACAUAAAGCCCGGUAAUGUUCUGUUAGAUGCCAAUUUUUUCCCCAAAGUCGCUGAUUUUGGAUUGGCAAAGCUUUGCAAUAGAGACAACACCCAUGUGUCUUCCACCGGAUAUAGGGGGACUCCUGGUUACUCUGCGCCAGAAUUUCUUCUCAAGAACUAUUCGAUAACACAUAAAUGUGAUGUUUAUAGUUUUGGUAUGCUUUUGUUUGAGAUAGUAGGGAGGAGGAGGAAUGCCAGAGUUGGUCAUGCCGAGGAAGAAGAGAGCAUGGAUUGGUUCCCAAAAUAUGUUUGGGAUGAGUUUGAGAAAGGUGAGUUGGGAGCAAUGAUAUUGUCGUGUGGAAUCGAAGAGAAUGAGAGAGAGAAAGGAGAGAGAAUGGCUAUGGUGGCUUUGUGGUGUGUUCAGGACUCGCCCGAGGCUAGGCCGCCUAUGAGUGCUGUGGUGAAAAUGUUGGAGGGAGGAGUGGAGGUGAAGCCACCUCCCAAACCAUUCCAUUAUUUGUAUUCUGUAGGGGUGAAUGUGCUCAAUAUACUCAACAGUUCAGACUGUACAAGUAGUGAAGGAACUAAUACAUACUGGUACAAGGAGACCACUCCUGUCAUGGCUAAGUAUGAGAUACAAAUGGCCAGUUCAGGCUAAAAAAAAUAUAUAAAUAAAGAGAAACCAUUGUAAUUUGUAGCCUC